AUGCACCUUUCUGCAUUCCUGGUGGCUCGAGUCUCUCAGUCGCACGGCAUCACCUCUACGGACGCAGCGCAGAAUCCAGACUUCAGCUCUUGGAACCACGUCCAUGUCUGGUACUGCUCCUCUGACUCCCAUCUGGGCGAUGCUUCCCCUGGCAGCAAGAGCGAUUUUGGCGGGUGGCACUUCCGGGGCAGACGAAUCGCAGCGGCAGUGAUCACGGAUCUACUGACGGUCUGGGGCUUGAAUAAUGCCACCCAUGUGCUGCUGACCGGGGACAGCGCCGGAGGCGUCGGCGUCAUGAACCUGGCUGAUGACAUCGCCACUACCCUGAGGGUUGAGGCACCAGCUUUGGAGACGGUGAAGCUGUUUGUAGAUGCGGGCUGGUUCCUGGAUAUCCCUUCAUAUUCCAACAGGUCAGACGGCAUGACAUUUGAGAAGUGUGCAAAGGCGCUCCCAGCCUCCUACCGAGCUGUUUUUGACAGGUCUUGUGAGGAGCAUUUUGGGGCCGAAGAUUCCUGGCGUUGCUUCUUCGCGCAAGACUGCCAGGCAUUCCUGGAGACACCCACGCUGUUCCACGAGUACCUCUAUGACUCGGCGAAUCUGGGGUAUGACGGCGCGGGAAGCCCCGCGGAAGCCGAGGACUUCCGCAGCCGCCUGGAAGCUUCCAUCAAGGCGGCAGCUGCCGCCGGCGGGACCGGCAGCUGCGCCGGUGACAGCAGUGAGGAGGAUGCUAGCCCAGAUGGCAGACACACUCAAAAUCUGCAUGAGAUGAUCGACUGCACGCUGUUCACAAAGUCGCAUGUGGGAGAUGUGAGGUUUGUGCAUGUGUUGGGUGCCUGGUUUGCUGGCGAGCUGAGCAACGUGCAUGUUCUGGAUGGGCAUGGGGGUGUGCGGGGAGGGGAUGAGUGCGGCGUUUACCCUGCUCUUGCUAAGCAGCUGGCGGCUGUGGUGUCUGUGGGUGUCUGA